AUGGCUGAUUCACUAAAGAAAGAUACUGAAGUAGUUAAAGAUAAAGUAGCAGGAGCUGCAUCAGAAGCUAGUCAUGAAACUAGUCAUAGUGUUGAUGCUAUAAAAGAUAAAGUUGAUGAAAAGAAAUCUGAAACAUCCAAAGAAUCAAAUAGAAAUAGUGUCGAACAUGAUGUUAAAAGUUUUGUUGAAGCCGUUAAAGAAAAAGCCGCUGAAGCAUACAACUACGUUGCUGGUGGUGAAGGCGAAGGAAAAGGUCUUGUUGGAACUGUAAAAGAAAAGGCUGCCGAAGCUUAUCAUUAUGUUGCUGACAAAGUUACUGAAGCAACACAUGCUGUAACUGGUGAUUCUCAUAAAGAAGUAGCUAAGGAUUCCAAUCAAUCAAGUGGUGUAAGUGCAAAUGCUGAUGCUGUUACGGACAAGCACAAUCUUUUUUCAGAUCAAACAAAAAUGUAUACACGUUGUAAUGUUUUAAAAAACAUUGUUCAAAGUUUUAUUACAUCAAAUUCAUAUAGCCGUUUCGUUCGUUUUCAAUCAUCUACAACUAAUUUUGCAGUAGAUACUUCGCAAAACUCCAAUUCAAAAAUCAAGAAUCGUUAUUUUACAGAAGAUGCCUUUCUUGAUUUAACAACAGAUUAUAAUCGUAGAAGAUUUGUUCAAAGUGAACUUGUUUCAAAUGCUAUUAAAAAUAUUAAUAGCAAUAUAUCUGAGAGACUUAGUUUAUUAAUAUUAACAGCUGCUGCUCGUUGUGUUCAUCAUAUUACACCAGAUAAACGUGUUCAAUUAUUAGAAGAAGCAUGGAAAACAUUAAAUGAUAAAAAGAUUCGAUUAACAACACGUCAUUAUGAAACAUAUUUAAGUGGUCUUAAUGAAAAUGGUUUUAUAUUUGAUGCUGAUUAUUAUUUAAAAUUAAUUGAUAGUGAACAAAUACAAGCAACGCCACGUCUCUAUAGUUUACUAUUAACUCAAUAUUGUCGUGAAGGUAAUACAGAUCGUGCACAAAAUUUUUUGAAAAUGCUUAAAGAACGUAAUGUAAGCAUUGAUGAAGAUAUAUUUGCUGCAUUAAUUGUUUGUCAACUUAAACUUGGUAAUGAUAAAGGUGCUAAUGAUAUAAUACAAAUAAUGAAAGAACGUGGUUUACAACCAACUAUAUCAACAUACAAAGAAAUUUUAACAGCACUUAUUAGUGAACAUAAAUUAGAACAAUUUGAAUAUUAUUUUGGUCAAAUUGAAUCUCAACAACGUCAAACAUCAUCAUCAUCAACUGUUUAUAUUGAUGCACAUUUUGUUGUUAUUUUACUUGGACAAUGUAUUUCAUAUAAAGAACGUCCAAUAUUUGAUUUAUUAUUAAAUACAUUAAAAGAACUUGAUCAUGGACGUAUGCCAAAUAAUUUAUUCAAUUUAGCUAUACAAUGUGUAACAAAUGAAUGGCAUGAAUCAGCCAUUGAAUUAUUACAAAUGCAAUCGGAAGCUGAUGCAAUUGAUGAAGAAACAUCACCUUAUCAAGGAAUUAAUGGACGUCAUUGGAUACUCUUUUUCAGACAAUUACUUGAUAAUAAAGAACCUCAUCUAAUGGAUAUAUAUCUUAAAUUAAUGAUGGAAAAAAAUCUAGUACCACUUGAUGGUAUUCUUCGUGUUUUAUAUACAACACCAAAUGAAAAUCAUCAUUUAGCACUUAAUUAUCUUGAACGUGGACAAGAAUUAAAUCAUCCAAUGCGUACAAAUUAUUUUUAUCCAAUUUUACUAAAUAUCUAUUCACCAAAAACAUGUCAAAAUUGGACAGAUAAUGAUCGUUUACGUUUAUUUCGUUUACUUGAUCGUUUAUCUAUACCAAUUGAAUCAUCAACAUAUUCAAGAAUUGUACAACCAAUAUUUCAUCAAUAUUAUCAAAAUGAUUUUAAUCCAUUAUUAAACAUGUUAUCAAAAAAUAAUCUACAAUCAAUACUUGAUCGUAUAUGUCGUUUAUUAUUAAAUGAUAUACGACGAAAUGUGCUUCAGUUAAAUAUAAUUGAACAAAUCGCACCAUUUUUUCGCUUACAUACACGUUCAAGACAAGAAGAAUUUGCAAGAUAUUUAUGUUCUUUUAUGACUGGUAUAUCAACAAAAUUAGAUGAACAUCAUGAUGAAGAAAUCAAUAAAGAUUCUCAAACAAAAUCUAUGAAUGAUUAUACACGAAUAUUUCAAUUAAUUGAUUCAAUAUCGAAAAAUUUAUCAAAUGAUAUUCCGAUGCUUAAACAUGAAUUAUUUAUAUAUUUACUUCGUUUUUCAGCUCAACAUCGUCGAACAGAUUUAACAUCACGAUUAGCUGAACAAUGUAUAAAAGAUAAUCUUAAAAUAGGUGGUUCAAUGAAUGAAAUUGAUAUAUUAACUAAUUAUACAUUACCACGUGAUAUUGUUGAACAAUUAGCACGUUAUAAACCAGGUGAAUUAUCAUGGAAAGAAAAACUUUCAACUAUGGAUUUACAAAAAACAAAUCGUCAACAAUUAGAAGAACUUUAUGAAGAAGCAAAACAAGAUGGAAAAUAUCCAUUUAAUUUACAACAACGAUUAUUAGAUAAUUAUAUUCAAAAAAAAUCUAUACAAAAAGCAUUUACUCUCUUACAUGAAAUGGUUUCAAAUAGACAUCAGAUUCAUUCAUCUAUUCUACAUCGUUUAUUCGAUUUUAUAACUGUAAAACUUGAGAAUAAAACUGACGCAUCCAAAGCUGACUAUCGUGAAGAUUUAAAAUUUUUAUGUGACCUAUAUGAAAAAUCAUUUGGUCUUAUAAAUUUACCACCGGAAUUAACAUUUCGUUUAGCUCAUAUGCAUCUUCUUAAUGGUGAUCAAGAUAAUGCAAUACAAGUUAUUUCAAAUAAAUUAAACUCUAAAUUAAAUGAUGAAAUUUAUCAUUAUUUAAUAAAAUUUCUACAAUUAGAUUCGUCAUUAUUAACAACUGAUGGUUUAACAGCAAUCGGAAAUUUAUUCCUUAGUUUUCGUAUCAAUGAACCGAUAAGAAAAUUUUGGGAUUUAUUUUUCGAUAUUCUAUUAGAAAAAACAAGUCCACAAGAUCUUGUACAAUAUUAUUCUGAUGCGAUGAGAGAAAACAGCAAUAUACCUUAUCUUCAUCUAUUUAAAUUAUUUAUUGAAAAAAAUGAAUUAAAUCGUUUACAAGAUAUUGUUGAUAUAGCAACAUUACAACAUGGUUCACGUAAUGUUUUACAUGAUCUUGCUUUUACAUUAAUCGAAGGUGGAAAAAUAAAACAAGCCGAAAAAAUUUUUCGAACACCAUGGUUGAAAGCAAGAAAUAGUCGAAUUAAUUUACAUGCUUUACUUUUUGCUGAUUCAAAUAAUCUCGAUGCAUUAAUUGAAAGUAUAAAAUUAACACGAAGUUUACCUGGUGUUAAUCAAAGUCAAUUAUUUACAUCAGCUAUACGUGUGGCUUUACGUCUUGAUCAAUCUGAUAUGAUCGAUUGGUUAGUCAAAGAAAUAAAAGAAAAUCAAAUUCAACUUGAUAUUCGAAUAAAAAAAUAUCUUGAUGCUCAUUUAUUAUCAAAAGGUCUUGAUCCAUUAAAAAUUGGUGCUUAUGAAAAUAAAAAUAAAAAUGAAAAAGACUCAACUUCAUCUUCUGAUGAUGAUGAUGCACAAGCAGAACAAUGUCAAUUAACAUUAAAUGAUGAUGUUCAAUUGACAACAAGUACAUUUCUUCAAUCACGACAUUUUUGUAGUUCAUAUAAUCUUCUUCCAAAAAAUACAUACCAAAUAUUUAUAUCAGGCCGUAUAGUUGAUUAUAAAAGUCGUUGUAAAAGAAGUAUAGCUAAUGCCAAUAUUGAAAUAAUACAUGUACAACCAAGUUUUCGUUCAAUUUGUCAUGAACUUAACCAUCCCAAUUCACGUGGUUAUUUUAAUGUAUCAACUUCGGUAGCAAUGCCAUUAACCGAACAACUUUUCUUACGUGUAACAUCACCCGGUUAUGAAACAAUUACUAAAGAAAUUAUUUUAUCAUCAUCACAAAAACGACCACAAACUAUUAUUCUCAAAUGGCAAAUUGUUUUAAUGCCAACCAUAGAACAAAUUAAACCACAAAAACAACAACAACGAAUGAAUUCUAGAAUCGAUUCUCUUAUGUCUCAAAUGACAUUAGAUGAAAAAAUUGGGCAAUUAAAUCUUGUUACACUUGGUUUUGAUGUAACUGGUCCAAUUUUAAGUCAAAAUGUUGAAGAAAAUAUUCGUCGUGGUCUUAUUGGUGGUGUAUUUAAUACUUAUACACCCAAGGCUGUUCGUCCCUUACAAGAACUUGCUAUGAAUAGUACACGUUUAAAAAUUCCAUUGAUUUUUGGUUAUGAUGUUAUUCAUGGACAUAAAACUAUUUUUCCAAUACCAUUAGGAAUAAGUACAACAUGGGAUAUGGCAUUAAUAGAACAAAGUGCACGCAUUGCUGCUCAAGAAGCAACAGCUGAUGGUCUUAAUUGGGUUUUUUCACCAAUGGUUGAUAUAGCACGUGAUCCACGUUGGGGAAGAAUAGCUGAAAGUGCUGGUGAAGAUCCUUGGUUAGGUAGUCAAAUAGCUGCUGCUAUGGUACGUGGUUAUCAAGGACAUGAUUUAACGCGUCCGAAUACAGUUAUGGCAUGCAUUAAACAUUUUGCUUUAUAUGGUGGUUCAGAAGCAGGUCGUGAUUAUAAUACAGUUGAUAUGAGUCGUAUAGCAAUGUAUCAAAAUUUUCUUCCACCUUAUCAUGCAGCUGUUAAGGCUGGUGCUGGUAGUGUGAUGACAUCAUUCAAUGAAAUUGAUAGUAUACCAGCAUCAGCUAAUCGUUGGUUGUUACAAAGUUUAUUACGUGAACAAUGGAAUUUUAAUGGUUUUGUUGUUACAGAUUAUACAGCAAUUAAUGAAAUGAUUCAUCAUGGUAUAGGUGAUCUACAAGAAGUUAGUGCUCGUGCAUUAAAUGCUGGUGUUGAUAUGGAUAUGGUUGGUGAAGGAUUUUUAACAACAUUAAAAAAAUCUUUAAAUGAAGAAAAAAUAAAUGAACAAACAAUAAAUCAAGCAUGUCGUCGUAUUCUUGAAGCAAAAUAUAAAUUAGGUUUGUUUGAUGAUCCAUAUCGUUAUAUUGAUGAAUCACGUACACAAACAGAUAUAUUUACUUAUGAAAAUCGUUUAGCAGCAAAAGAUUUGGCUCGUCGUUCAUUUGUUCUUCUUAAAAAUGAUCGCCGAACAUUACCAUUAGCAAGAUCUAAUUUAAAACUUGCACUUAUUGGUCCAUUAGCUGAUGAUCAUAGAAAUUUAAUCGGUAGUUGGAGUGCUGCUGGUGAUUGGCGACAAGCAAUUAAUGUUCGUGAUGGUAUUAAUAAACUUCUUGGAGAUAAAAUAGAAGUUUUAUAUGCAAAAGGAUCAAAUCUUAUUGAAGGUGCACCUUUGAUCGAACUAUUAAAUGCACAUGGUGGUGAUAUUGUAUUAGAUGAACGAUCUGCUCAAGAAAUGAUUGAUGAAGCUGUAGAAAUAUCAGAAAAAUCCGAUGUUAUUGUAGCUGUUGUCGGUGAAGCACAAGGCUUGACAGGUGAAGCAGCAAGUCGAGCAGAUAUCGGAUUACCAGAAUAUCAAAAACGCUUACUUCAAGCAUUAUUUGAUACAGGUAAACCAGUCGUUAUUGUAUUAAUGAAUGGUCGACCACUGACAUUAACAUGGGAACAUGAACAUGCAGCAGCUAUUUUAGAAACAUGGUUUGCUGGUACAGAAGCUGGCACUGCUAUUGCCGAAGUACUUUUUGGUUUUUAUAAUCCAGCUGGUAAACUUACAGCAACAUUUCCUCGUCAUGUUGGACAAAUUCCAUUAUAUUAUAAUCAUAAAAAUACUGGACGACCAUUUAAUGUAACUCAAUGGACUGAAAAAUACAAAAGUCGUUAUUUAGAUGUACCUAAUGACCCAUUAUAUCCAUUUGGUCAUGGUCUUAGUUAUACGUCAUUUAAUUUUGGUCCAAUAUAUGUAGACAAAAAUGAACUUCGUGGUGAUUCUGAUCGUUUAACAGUACGCAUUAGUGUACACAAUAUUGGUGCAUAUGCUGGUGAAGAAGUUGUUCAAUUAUAUAUAAGUGAUCCAGCAGCAAGUGUCACGCGAGCUGUACGUGAAUUAAAAAAAUUUAAAAAAAUAUUUCUUCGAUCACAACAACAAGAAGAAAUUUCAUUUAUUAUAACAACAGAUGAUUUAAAAUUUUUUAAUACUAAUCUAGAUUAUAUUUGGGAAGAAGGAGAUUUUAUUAUUCAUAUUGGUCCUGAUUCAGUCAAUACUCAAUCAGUACAAACUUUACUUCCAGCGCCACGUCCGCUUUUAGCGAACGUUGGCCUGGUUACAUCUUCAUCAUCACCCAUACCACCACACAAAACAAAAACAUCUAUUAGUCGAUCACCAUCAUCAUCGUCAUCAUCAUCAUCAAAUUCAUCAAAAUCAUCCUCAUCCGGUUCAUCAAGAUCCCGUUCACGAUCACCAAUAUCUCGUCGUUCACGUUCACCAACACCUGAUAAACCACCAACACCAUCAUCAUCAACACCUCCAGUUACAAUUAAUAACUCCAAUGUAUCAUCAUCAUUAUUACAACAACAAGCAGCUGCAGCAGCUGCACUUUUUUCUAGUAGUUCUCUUAGUUCAUUAUUACCUAUGUAUAGUAUGGGUCUUUUUCCAAUACCUCCCCCACCACCACCACCACCUAUUUUACCUGCAGUAAAUUUUUCACCCGAACAAAUAGCUCGUGUUUGUGAAACAUUAGAAGAAAAUGGUGAUAUUGAUCGAUUGGGAAGAUUUCUUUGGUCAUUACAAGUUGCACCUGGCUCAGCAAAUCUUUUAGUACAACAUGAAAGCAUUUUACGUGCUCGGGCACUUGUAGCAUUUCAUUUGGGUAAUUAUCGUGAACUCUAUCAUUUAUUAGAAAAUCAUAAAUAUACACGUGAUUCACAUGCAAAAUUACAAGCUAUGUGGAUGGAAGCACAUUAUCAAGAAGCAGAAAAAUUACGUGGACGACCAUUAGGACCAGUUGAUAAAUAUCGUGUACGAAAGAAAUAUCCAUUACCACGUACAAUAUGGGAUGGUGAACAAAAAACUCAUUGUUUUAAAGAACGAACACGUUCUUUGUUAAGAGAAUGGUAUUUACAAGAUCCAUAUCCAAAUCCGGCCAAAAAACGUGAACUUGCACAAGCAACUGGAUUAACACCAACACAAGUAGGAAAUUGGUUUAAAAAUCGGCGACAACGUGAUCGUGCAGCACAAGCCAAAAAUCGACAACAAUAUGGUAUUGGUGCAGGUAGUUAUUCUCCACCAUCAUCACCUGAUUCUUCAACAACGUGA